CAGGUCUUGGUGGGGGUUUUCCUUGUUGAUUUCUUUUUUGUUUUUCUUGGCAUGUGUUUUGCUGUGUGUGCGUGUGUGGGGACGUGUGGAGGAAAAGGUCCGUUACCGCAGUUCUUUGUUGGGUUCAGGUGCCAAGGGAUCUGCUUGCCCGCAUCACGCCUUGUCAUCACAGCCCGCAGUGGAAAAGCACCGCCCGAGGGUUGUGAAAGGUCUGAACAAAAAAGCCUCGCUUUGGGGUGAUUCAUAAAGAAAAAGCAACUGGGGUGUUGAUGGAGACUCAUGAAAUUGGCAAGGUUCCGUCACUUUGGAAUGCAUGGAAUAGAUCGGAGGGGGGUCUUUUACCCUACAGGUUUGUUGCUUACAGUAAAAUGACAUAUGUCAAAAAGGGCUUUCGGGUUUGUUGUUUGAAGGAGCAGUUUCCUUCAAAGGUGUUCAAUUUGUCAUUUACCUUUGGGCUUUUAGUAAAACGUACCAUGCACGUUGCGUCUUUUAUAUAAAUCUCACCCAGCACACUUCUGUAUCUCUUGAUUUUUUUUUUUAAAAAAAGAAUAAUAUUAUUCGUUUUUCUACAUGUGUCUAUAACAUUCAAUUCUUGAGAAUAAGACGAGGGUGCCUGAAUCGUUUUGUUGCAAUUUGGGCUACGCUCGAAACCUGAGAAAAGCUAGUACUACUACUACUACUACUACUACAAGCUCCCUCCCUCCAACAUGGGACCAGACGUUGCGACUACUGCUGCUCAAGGGGAAGAGAUGGGAGAGGAAACGACAGGGAUAAAAGAAUCUGGCAAACAACCUGAUCAGGAUACGACUUGUCGUCGUCCUCGUGAACCAGCACAGCAGCAUGAACAGCAGCAUCAUCACCAUCACCAUCUCCACCUUGAUAACCUCUUGAUACCCUUUAAAAAGCUUCUUCACACACGGUCAACGACAACCCCUCCUCCCGAGACUUGCAAUCCAAAAAAGGACGCUCUCCUCCCAGUCAACCCAAUCCGCACCAUGUCAAACCCAACGACCCUCCGCGAAAAAUACGGUACACCCCAAACCCUCAUUGGCCGGGGAGCAAACGGCUCCUGUUACGCCGUCCGCAAAUCCAACCAACCUAAACCCCAAUACGCCUGUAAAGAAUUCCGACCACGCCAUAAGCACGAAUCCGAAAAAGAGUACAUGAAGAAACUCUCUGCGGAAUUCUGUAUCGGGUCCCAAGUCCAUCAUCCCAAUCUUCUCCGAACUCACGAUCUCGUACUCGAUGGAAAUCAUAUUUACACUGUAAUGCCCUACUGCCCACACGGAGACUUGUACACAUAUAUCCAAACCCACCCAAAACUCUCCAUGGACCAAAUCACCCAUUUGUUCUCGCAGUUGAUCCAUGGCGUUGCCUACCUUCAUAAAACCGGUAUCGCCCAUCGAGACCUCAAACCAGAAAACAUUCUCUUUUCCAAACCGGAGCACAUCAAAAUCAUUGAUUUUGGGUCCGCUGAUGUCUACAAGCCCCCAACGAGUACCUUUAAUCGUUUAUCGCAUGGAAAAUGCGGAAGUGGGCCGUAUAUCCCCCCAGAAGAACUCGCUUCACCUGCAUCCUAUGAUGCACGUAAAGUAGACGUAUGGGCAUGCGGAAUUAUCCUCAUGGCCAUGUUAACUCAUCGAUUCCCGUGGGCGAAUGCGACAAUGAGUGAUGUGGAUUAUGCGGCCUAUGUAAAGUAUGUGGAGGCAGUCAAGAAAGGAACAAAUGCUCGCCCGCCAAAGAUUUUUGAGAGUCUCCCUCAAGGUCCUCGAGACCUUGUUUUCAAAAUGUUACAACCCGACCCGCAACUUCGGGUGCAGAUUGAUCAAGUACUUGAAGAUGAGUGGUUUAAAAAAGUGGAUGAAGGGGAAUCGCCUGAUGAUGACGACGAUGAACAAAAGUCUGAUGCAGAAUGUGGUCGAUAGAAAACAAAACAGAAAAAAACUGAAUCUUGAAAAAGACUGAAACUGUUCUGUAACGGUGUGUAUAUGCACCUAAAAAAAAGGAAUAGGAUAGUCGGUAUGUAGCAUUUUUUUGGCAGUAGAUAGCAUAGUAUAGCAUUUUUUUUUCCUUCCGAUUUGGGUAGGAUUGAUAUCCCAUGCUUGAAAAAAUCUCUACAAAAAAUAACGGUUGUUUUUGUGUUAUGCAUUGGCCUGACACUGAGUAAAUACAAAAUGAUUACAAUGUGUGUUUCUGUUCAAUUUGCAUGUUCUACUGGUUUUUGCUUUUCGACCCGUGC